AUGACCCUAACCGCUACUAAGGCUCCUUUUGAUUUAGAAUUUGAAGCUUCUGACGAACCUUCUGACUUCAAGGAGGUCAGCGUCUGCUACAGGGCGAAGCCGUCGACGCUCACGAGUUACGAGACUCACAUAUCUUUUGCGAGAUCCGACCAGCUAAACGACGUCCUCCAUUUAUAUCGACGAGGCGAGCACCAUGGUUUUUAUUUCAAUGGCGUCCGGCAGUUUGGUUUCCCAAAUCUGACGAGUCCUGUGAACCUGCACCAGUGGACGCAUUACUGCCACAUCUUCGACAACGGGAUGUACGUGGCCUUCGUCGAUGGGGAGGAGAAGGCCCGGGGUGCCAUAGCUACCAAGGAGGUCUCCCUGAAUCUGCGGGGCAUGCUGACGCUGGGGCAGGAGCAGGAUUCGCUCGCCGGGAAUUACGACGUCGAUCAGGCCUUUCGGGGUCACAUUGCGCAGGUCAACAUCUGGAGCAGGAUCGUGCGCCAAGAGGAGGUGAGGCAUCAAGCUUCCUGCAUGGAAUUCGCCCCGGGAGACAUAUUCUCGUCUGACAGGGAUGCGGUGAACGUGGCUGGAGUCAGCGUUGAAGAAAUACCCAUCAGCGACCUGUGUCUGACGACGAGGGAGUUCGUCAUCUUCCCCGAGGCGCAGUACAUGGCGCCGUCGCGGCGGGCGUGCCACAGGGUCGGGUACCAGGUCUACAGCCCAGACUCGAGAGAAGAGAACACCGUGCUGCAUCUCGAGUCCCUGGAAUUCGCUGAGGAAUGCCUGUCCAACUACCACCUGUGGAUCGGUGUAACGGACGAGGCGGAGGAAGGCGUGUGGAGGAAGUUCACCACCAACGAGGUCGUUGGGGAAACCGUCUUCGAGCUCUUCGAACCGAACGGCGCUGAAGGCGAAAACUGCAUCCUUAUGUUCCUCCCGAACGGACUGUGGGUGGAUACCUCGUGCUCGAUCCAGUGGCCGGCCUGCGUCCCCUGCGAGGUGGAUCGCUCGUCGCCUCUUCGCCUGCGGGGAUUCUGUUACAAGAACGAAGCCGAAACGUUUUAUGAGGUUCUCGGCUAUAGAGGGAGGAAGCCCUACAUGCAUGGAUAUUUUGGAAUCAUGAUAUUUCGAAACGAUUCCGGCGUGUGGCAAAUGUACGACACGACUACCGACGAGAACGUGGCGUACCUGAAGGUCCCUUCCAUAAGCUCCUACCCAAUAGGCGUCCACACGUGGACUCUGCAACGAUCCAUGUGCGAGCAUUUGGUUGGUUCGAAAAUACAGCUGAGCCUCUCCAUAUGCAACAGUUCAGAGUUCACCUGCGGAAAUGGCGACUGCAUUCCGCGAGAGAAGCGCUGCAACACGCAAAACGACUGCGUGGACUUCACCGACGAAGACAACUGCGAAAUGAUAGUCCUGCCGAGGGGCUACCGCUCCAACCGGCCUCCGGAGAGCGCAAUACCGGGCAAACCCAUGCACGUGGGCGCGGUUGUGCACAUCCUGCGCUUCGUGGAGGUCAACGACGUGGGCGGAGUCCUCGACAUGGAGAUCCUGGUGGAGCUGAUAUGGCAGGACUCUCGCGUCACCUACCUCAACCUCGGAGACACGCUCGAGUGGAACAGGCUGUCGCAGGCCGAGUCGUCGCUCAUCUGGAGACCCAAGUUCAAGUUCCCGAACAUCCAGAACGGGAACGUCAAGAUCCUGGACGAGGAAUUGUUCCUCAAAAAGAUUGGCAUCCCGCAGUCUCCGGAUUUCAAUGACGUCAGAAUGGAAACUGUAUACGCCGGUAACGCAGCUUACGUGAUUCAGCAACAGCAUUAUAGCGGAAGUUUUGCUUGUUUCUUCGACGUGUUCUUCUACCCCUUCGACACGCAGACUUGUUUCAUUUCCAUCCAGCUGGCCGCCAUCAGGAAGGAGGUGGUGAGCUUCUCUGAAGAGGAGGCAAAGGUGGAAUAUUUGGAGAAAAAGGUCCUGCCCAGUUUCGUCGUCACCCAAUACAAAGCGGAGGUUACAGACGGCGGCAACAACGAGACACGCUAUAGUGUACUUAAGGUGGAGUUCAUGCUGGCGAGGCGGUGGACGGUGAUAGUCCUGGGGGUGUUCGUCCCAACUUCGAUGCUGCUUAUCAUCGGCUACACUACUCUCUUCGUCAACCUCUCAUUGCUCGAUGUCCGCCUGGCCGUGAGCCUCACCACCCUCCUCGUGCUCUACACCCUCUUCAACAGCACCUCCGAUUCGCUCCCCGUCACCGCCUACGUCAAGAUGAUCGACGUGUGGUUCUUCUACUGCAUCUUCCUCCUGUUCUUCAUCAUCGUGACCCACGUGGUGUCCGAGCACCUGCAGAACCGACGGCGGGUCCUCGACGUGCACCCGGCGCUGCAGGCCAAGCUGCCCAAGAACAGGGGGUCGCCCGUGUCCAUCUCGUCCACGGCCAUCACCACCGGCCGCAGUCCCGAACGGCUGCUCGUCGUGGUCCGCUUCUACAUCAUCCCUGCCAUCGUCUUCGUGUUCAACCUGAUGUACUGGGCAAUUCUGCUCGGACGCUUUGAGGUCUUUAAUCAGUAACGAGCAAUGCCAAGCUGUACAUCCAUAAUAAUCUCUCUUCUACAACUGUCGUUCCAUCGAUUUUUGGCGAUUUCUUUCUUUCGCAAAUCCGAGGACCUUUCUUUCUCUCUGUGUUCGAGGCGAAACAACGACAAGUAAUCGCAAUUCAGAUUAUAUGGAUUCACAAUUACAUUAAUUCACUUAUCUAGCAUUAGAACAUUCAACAUCUGGGUAAAAUAAGAAUUUUUAUA